GCUCACGAGUUGGGCACGCGCCUAUAAAAGGCAACCCGGCCUGCCUUAGGCACCGUCAGACCUUGGUAAAUUCUAGUAAGCAGAACAGCCAGACAGCCAGCUAGUAGUUCUUUAACAUCCAUCACGUUCAAGUAAAAACACCUUUCUCAUUAUCCAUACUUCCUUACCUUAAAAUAUAUUUUGCACUCGUAUCAACGCCUGCUGGAAUUAAAGCGUCGUAUACCUUCACUUCGAAGGUACAUUUUACCAUGUGCGUUGGUCGACAUGUAAGAAGACUGAGAGCCAAUCCCGCCUCUUCUCUGGGCCAGACAACAACGAACCCUGUCCACACAGUUGUGACACCUGCAACGCGGACGAGGACUUUCAGACAGCCGAUGAAGCCCGCGUUACCUAGGAAGCUAACAGGAUCGGCCAGAAUCAAUCUGAACCAGUACUGGAACAUCCUAGAAGAAAUGGUGCCGUGUGACAUCACAGUGGGCAAUGACGGAGUCGAUAUGUCGAACGAGAUCAAUGAAAAUCUGGCUAAUGAGAGAUUAGAGCAAUCACGUGACCUGGCUUUUAUUUGUCGAGGUGGCAGUGCCAACACGGAUGUCGAAAAUAUAGUAAGUCCGGACAAUCGUACACUGUGGAGGAGUUACUCAAUUUCUAGUGCCACCUGGCCCAAAGAGAUAGGCUAAUCCACGUAAAAAUAUGUCAGAUCUAGCAAAGAAUGACCGACAAUUUGUUAACUCGUUACUGAACUUCCUGUGACGAAGAAUUUCAAAGAUCAACAUAAGUAAUACAGAAGUCGGUCAUUGCAGGAUUUGCAUAGAAUUUUGUUUGUGGUUUCCAUGACAGCUUGCAGAAGUGACAUGAAACUGCUUCGAAGAAAAUUGUGUUGGUAUGUCGAUUUAUAGAAAAUCUCAGCACGUAUUUCUCCUAACAACUUUGCGACAGAAGAUUAUUAAUGAACAAAGGAACAAAGGAGUACACAGAAUCUUAUUUUGUAAGGGAGAUGAUGUUCUCGACCAUUCAAGAACUAGCUGGUUCCACAUUCAAUGCUUCUAUCGUCUUGAUGGCUGCCGGUCAAUUGAAAAUUAAUUUUAAUAAAGUCCUAUUGACUCAUUAUCGAAUACUCUACGUGUAACACCUGAGUGUGUUUAAGUUUACGAAGGUAUUAGGCUGAAAGUUGCCACCUUGAUUAACAACAGGCAUAUUAACAGAACGAAACUGUAAAUAUGAUAAAAAUAAUUAAACAUAAAAGUCACUAAGAACCAGUACCGGCUGACUCCAAACCCUCCUCAAACGCAGUCUCCAGAGUCGCCACCUUCAGAACUUAAUUUUAAUUUUUUUAUUGUAUUUUUGACUCCUUCGCCUUGCUCUGUCUUCCUAAACUGGAAAUGGAUAAAUCAUUUAUCUGUGAUUAUUUAGUUUAUAGGUUA